GGCGCGAUCAGCCGUUAAAAAAAGCCGCGAUUCAUACUCGCUCGCGCUUAAUUCAUCAGGAAAGUUUUUUGCGAGCUUGGAUAAUUUGGAAAAAUUAGUGAAUUACAAAAUAAAUAAUUGAUAAAAAUUAUAGUGCCUUAUGUGUGAAAUGCAAGUUGUAAUUUCACAUCAUCAUUAUUUGUAAAGAUGUCUGGUCAUGCUGAUCACCAUUCGGAUGAUAAGUAUGAAAAAGGAAGAAAACGUGACAUUUCGCCAUCCGCUUCACAAUCGUCUGGAUUAGAGUGGGACUCUUCGGCGGACGUGUUGACCUUCGCUCGUCACGUGGGGGUUGGGCCUGCUUCUGGUCUUGAUACAGGGGUUCAAACGACAGAUUUGGCACAUGAGGUUGACCCGAACUUGGCUGGACCUUCGACUGGACCGAGGAGGAUUGUAAGGUCUCGUUCAUAUGAAUACCCGACUGAGACUCGUCAUGAUGAGCAUCUUAGUCAACAACAUAAAUUAAGUCUUGGAGAAUUGGCCCAACGACCGUUAGCAUUGGUACACAACUGGGUGAGGAAUCGCUAUUUGGAUCCGGAUUCUAGUGAUGCAAAUUUAUUGGAAACUAUGGUCAGUGGAUUUACAUCUCGUCGACAGUUUAUUGAGGCAGUGCAACCUGAAAGGCCGGUGUCGACGACUUCCACAAUUGUGUCUACGAUUAUUCCACCACCAAAUUCGAGACCAGACUCUCAAAAAUCAAGUUCUGGACAUUCAAGUUUGCCAAAUGAUUUGAAACGAUUGGACGCUGAAAUUGGCAUAAGCAGUGAGGAACAUGUGAAUAGGACACAUUCCAAUGAAGCGGUUGGUACAAAGUCUCGAGAAGUAAUUCCACCCCGGUCACAAUCCAUGUCAAAGCUUGAACUUGGAUUAUAUGAUUCGACUACGGCUCCUACCGUUAGUUCACGCGGAUCUGGUCUCUCGCGAUACACCUUAUCCGAUUUUUCCACAGAGAUGGAUCGUAUUCGACAAAGCCAAAAAGAUUCAAGCGGAAUGGGAAUGAAGGGAAGUGGAAUAUCUGAUUGGUUGGAAGUUGGAAUGACGAAGUCGGAGAAGGAAUUCAAGAAAAAGAAAGAUAAAAACGACAGCGAUCGUUCUUCAUCCAUGAUAUUUGUUGAAGUUAAACAUGAUUUCGACACUAAAAACAAGAGUGGACGUUACGAGGACCUUUCUGUUCGAAAUAUUGGGGUUCAGACUAGUACUAUUGGAAAGGAUUCCUCUGAUGAAAUCCGUGGUUCUACGCUUUCGGGAUGCUCAAGUAUUUAUCAUUCCACUCCCGCUGGCUAUCGUCAGGCGAAUUUUGCGAAAAACUCUAAGGAUGAAAAAGUGGAUAAAAAACAAAAGAGCAGUGGAUUGAGGAGCCAGCCAGUUGUACCGUUUGCAGCUGCCUCAAGAAAAAGUUCUCACAAACAUCAUCAUGCUCAUCAUAGCAGAAAUCAUGAUACAGAAAUCAGCUCACUUAUCGAGUCCAGACAUGAAGAUGUACAGAAAACGGGUACGAGUUCAAGUGACUUAAGUCCGCCCUGUUUUUUACUCGAUAAGCUAGUAAAGACCCAGACAUCCCAGCUUAAGAAAAAGGAUGUUGCAGAUGCGAUUGAAAUUCAUAGAGAUUAUCAUGUGAAAAAAGUUCGCCAUGAACUCAGACAACUUGAAAAAUUAAACCAAUUACUGGGUCGAUAUUUUAGCGAACGCCAGCGUCAGAAAAAGAAACAACGUUAUUCUUCAUCAGAAACCGAAGCCCAGACCACUCCUUACGAGGACACUCCACAUUCUAGCCUUGGAAAAAGUCGUGGUAGUCCUCGAAAAAAUGUUCGAGUCGAUUCUGACAAGCAGAAAAGUUCUUCCCGUAGUUCACCAAAGAAUCCUAUGAGCGAGCCCAGUUUAACCGGAAUAAGCGACUUGUUGAAAGACAUAAAGCAAAGUUCUUCCCAAGGACGAAGAGAUUCAGUGGAGAAGAAACUAGAUGAGCUAAUGGACGCGUUUUCAUUUAUUGCGGGGAUGCUAAUAGAAAAAGAUGAUAAGAAGAACGUUUCUACAAAGGAGGGCAAAAAGGAAACGAAAAAACCUUGCACUCAAACAAAACCGAAGGAAAAUAAACAACCGCCUUGCGAGCCUCCGAAACCUCCAGUUGCCUACUUUAUUCCAUUUACCAAUUGCCAGGGUCAAUAUGUAUUUCGAAAGGAGGAUAUCGACUUCACCGGUGGAGGUGGUCGAAAACCAGAAAAACCUGUCGUCAACACUGAGAGUAGAACCGUGAGUCGGCAACAACGACCACAAAGGGACACUGCUGCUGGAGGAAGCAGAGAUGAAGAAGAGGAAGAAAAUGGUUCAGGAUCUUGGGAAGAUGCAAAUGAGGACAUUGAAAAUAGAGAUCCAGCCGAUGCAGAAAUUCCUUAUGUAAACCAACGCCCUGCUGCCAAACCUACCUUUACUCUCCAAGAUGCUUUUGAGCGUCGAUGUCCGAACUUUCUAUCGCGCCUUCGAGAAAGAGAAGCAGUACUGGCACGGAUAAAGUCUGAAAGGGAACUUCGCGCAGAAAAAAAGCGAGAGUGGAUUCGCUUGUAUGGAAAAACUAACAGGGACUUGGAGGAUCUUGAUUCGAUGCUUCCACCAAAAGGUCCAAGGCUUAUGACCACGAAAGAGAUGCGAGAGAUUACAAAGCGACAUUACAAAAAUCUGCCAGAAGUUCAAGACAAAGUUAUCCAAAAGAGAGCGCUGGAAGAAAAGAAAACCAACCGAAUUAUGUCUCAAGUUUUUGCGCAGCAACUGCAAAAAGGCGUGUUGAAUGGAGAAGUAAAUUUUAUCCACUCACGGAGUUUGCUUCGUCGAUGAACAAUUCUUGCUAUUUAAAUGAAUUACGUGCAACUUUAUGAUAUUCGAAAAAUCAAAGGGUUGGGUCCAUCUGGAUUGUAAGCAUGAAGAAGGAGCCGCCCUGAAUAAAAUUAUUAACAAAAUUAUGUUCGCUAUUUAAAAAAAUUCUACACACCCGACAAAUGAACUAGAAAAUUAUUUAAUUAAUGUCUUACACAUCCGAACCUCUCCAUCCCA